AUGACAGACUGUCUAGGCUCAAUGCUUUGUGUACAUUACAUUAAGCAUGCCAAUCUUAUCAACCAAUGCUACCCUGACCGAGAAGGCGAGAAGGGCCCUCGAUCUUCUGAACUCAGUUACCUAUUAUUCUAUGCCUCGAACAGACCCGUUAAGCUGACAAAGGUCGGAAGCUAUCUUCAACGCAAAGUCGAACGAGACAUCCGCAAAGGAAGACGACAAAAUAACCAAGUCUCCCUCGAUAUUCUCAAGGCUCUCAUUCAAGAAUGCCACAGCGACCUCAACCUAUUCUCUAAAUACAUUAUAACAAUACUUACCAUAAUACUUGAUACGCGAGAUAUCGACCUCAUCGACCUCACGUGUGAAACGUUUAUUGUGUUUUGUGAUUAUCAUGAUGGAACAACCCUUGGUGUAGACCAGGAUUUCACUACCGAUUUUGAAGCUCUCAUAGGCAAGUUUGCUGCCUUUUGCAAUUAUACAAACGCAGACGAUUCCGUGGUAUUAAGAAUGCGAUACACUGGAUAUCGUGCUCUUCAGGCUUGUGUGACAUCCAAUGCACUACAUGUUUCUGAUAUGAACGUCCAACUCGAUCUUAUUAUCCCGCCACUCCUUACCUGUCUUUCAACCUCAGCCGAGCCCAUCAAAGAUCUUGUACAAGUAGAAGGUUCAAUUGACAUUCGCCGGUCAGCAAAAGACAUAGAGUUAAACCAAUUUAUUGUCGAACGUCUCGCUGCACAGACUCUUUCAAUGUUCUACAACAAACCGAAUGGACCAGCAAUACGACUUUCCCUUGCACCAGUAUUCCGAUUUUUGGAUGGGAAUGACAUGUGGUGGCCCCGCCAAUUUGCAGUAUCUUUAAUGGAGUUCAUACUUAAUUCUUUACAGCCACAACACCGUUACCUUUUAGUGUCCGAAGUGCUUCAGCAGCUGGAAACUCCAAAGGCAGCAAGAUACAAAGACGCAUCACUGGCAGCAAUCUUGGAUGUUGUUUUAGGUGAUCCAAUUGGAUUAGUAGGAAUUUCGGUACUAGAAGUUCUCAAUGCUAUCUUUGGUGUUCUUAUUCAAUCCAUCCGAUCCCAUGGAUUCCGUGAGCAUAAGCCCGAAAAGACGGAUACGCAGGGAAUUUAUGAAUUUACAAUCCAUCGUAGUCUUGUACAUUGCAUUGGCGGUUUGGCUUCUCACACUUACUACCAAAACCAACAAAAAGACAUGAUUGGGUAUAUUAUCUCAAAGCUAAGAGUUAGCACCACUCUAGACACCAUCAACGAAAUGCCCUUAGAAACCUAUCGACGAGUAGCUCUUGUUUGUCUAGACAGAUUAUUGUGCAAGAGCACAGACGAAGUCUCGCUCGAUACAUGGAUGCCUGCCCUUGGUCUCUUUUCAGACAAGAUUUCAAGUACACGUUUGGCAUUUGCAAACACAAUGACUCGUUUCUUGUCCACAAACCUAGCCAAAAAUGACUCAAAAGAAGUAUUCCCAGACUAUUCAUUGAGAGCUCAACAGGACACCAUCUUUAUCCACAAUCUGCACAAAGCAUUAUUGGAAUGGUCUCUUUUGACAAAUCUUACUCCUUCAGACACUGUGGCCAUGUACCGCUUGCUAUGUACCAUAACUCGUCGUUUUGGAGUUGGAGGAACCAUCCAAUCCAUACCAUUUGUGUUUGAAUUACAAAAAUAUGUACAGGAGAAAAAGAUCAAGACGCCUCAUCUGCAGAGAACCAUUGCAGCAGUGCUGGUGGAAUAUCUAUGUAUGGUCGGUGUGUUCCAUGGGAUUCCAGGUCUGGUUACCUGUAUGGAUGCUAUUCGCCAAGAGCGUAUGGUUGAAAAGGAAUAUACAACUGUAGUGUGGAUUGAAGCACCAGAAGAAAAAAGUGUAGUAGAAUUUGAUGAAGUUGAGCUGAAAAACAAGACUCCUGUCAGUCAUUUCAUAGACCGACCUAAAGUUGUUGAGCUUAUCUCAACUGAUGGACGACUGAGAGAUAAAGAAGAUACACAUGGUUUAGAUCUGGAGAAAAAGCUCCAUGCGGUGUGGGGAUCUGAAGCAUUAAUGCCCCACGAGCCUGUCUUCCGGAUCAGCGUUCCAAAAGACUUUGAAGAAAUUAAACCAAAGCUAGAGAAACCUUGGGAAAGCCCUUGUCGAGAUGCAAUUGAACCUGAAGAGAAGCAGUCUAUUAAAGUAGAAAAUCUAAAGGAGGUUCUUGUUGCUCAACUACAGGCCAAUGAGAAUGAACGCGACACUGACUCUAUCCAAAGCGUACCUACAGCUAUUCCAGUAAUUCGAUCCGGAAAGGAUUCUCGUAAAGACAUGAGACUUCUCCUAACAGAACUCAACAUUGUACCUAAUGCACAAAGAGCACUUGUUUGCCCUGAUAUGCAGCGUACAAAACCGCUCAAAGAGAAGUUUGUCGAGCUCACCCAAAGAUUGUUCCAAAGAGAACAUGCUUACACGGAAGAUCCAUCUGGAUUCUGGGAUGUUUAUCUUCUACUCGACGUCAAUGCAGAUUGUAUAGCAAAUAUCAUCGAGACCAUGUCUGCAGAGGCAUUACUUGCUUGUAAUGUAAAUCUUACGUUAUUGUUCGAGGCUUGUGUUGAUCACAUGGACCAUGAACAAAGUACAAGUGAAAAAAUGCGACAAUUGCACGCAAUGCAAAUUUUGGCAUGUCUUUUCAGGGCAUUAUUUGCUAAGAAACGACUCAGCUACUUUAACAUCAUUCAUCUCCUUACUCGACUCGAUAAGGCUGACGCUGUAUUUGGUGCUUUAAUUCAACGAAUUCAAAGACUCUUAUUACAGCCUUCAACACGCUCAUGGGCCCUGGUACUUACACUGGUGAUUGUGUCAGGAAAUGAUCAUGUCAACCAAAGCAAUUUAAAUGGAUAUUUCAUGCAUCAUUCAAUUGUCUCUACAUUGAUGGAGAUAAUUAGAGAUCUUCAAGCAAACCCUAUGCAGCAACAAGACGCAAUGAUGAUUUGGAGUUUAUUGUCUAAUUACAAUAAGUAUGAGAUUCGAAAUGAAUAUCUCGACCAACUUCAUACCUGCAAAGACACGCAUGUACUUGAAACAAUGAUGAACAUAUUGCAAGAUAUGUUAAAUAUGAUGCAGAAGUAUGAAGUCAAAAUAAAAUACGAGACCCUUAAAGACGAUGAAGAAACUGUGCCAAAAGCUAUGGUGACCUUUAUGACUCGGUGGUUCUCUCCGACACACACCCUUCCUCCAGAUAUAGACCUUCCUGCGUCCCUUGAAGACUUACCUUCUUCUGAAUCAGCAUUUUUGUUGAUAUUGUAUGAACUUGUUUGUCACAACCCACACUUUAUUGUUAUACUAGCCCGUGCUAGUGUCAGUAAGAGCAGUCCAGCCGAACCCACAUUAGUUGGUUCAAUUUUGUCAUUUAGUACUUAUUUAUUCCAGCACAAUCGUAAUCCACGUUCCUUUCUGUACACCAGACUAAUUCUCUUGGUGUUGUUACGUCUGUCUGAGGAAGAUACAUUUCUCAAUUCUAUGAGAAACGAGACUGCAAUCAUGCAAAUACGUCUAUGUCGCCAGCGACCUCCACCUUUACCACGAAUCAAAAAUCCACGUUUAUUCUUUGUUAUUGUAUUAGAUAGCUUGCUAUUGUACAUUAAACAUAAUAUGCGCAAGAAGUUGGACAUGUCUACUUAUAAAGUGUCAUUCUCAGUCAUGCAUCGCGUUCUUUGCUAUCUUCGCAAGCAUAAAAUGAGACUUGAAUACCAUUGGAUGCUACUAUGGCCUGUCUUGACUUCCAUGUUACAUUUUAUUGUUGCUCAUCUUGAAGAGCUGAGAGAACGCGAAGACUUUGGUCCCUUCCUUUCACUGUUUAUCUGUAUCAUUAACUUGUAUAUAACACACGGCGAGACCUUUAUAGCGGAUACUAAGAGUUAUGAUACCUUGUUCUACGAAAUCAUUCGUGCUACAGAUGAUUUCAAUGCUCUUUCUCAAUCAGUCAACCGAGGGUCACCCACAAAAAAUCGUGGAGAUAGUAAUGGAAGAUCAAAUGCUGUUUCAUAUUCAGAUUUUGGGAAUAUUCGCUUGAUCUGUAAUCAUUUCAAUCCAGCACUGGAAGAAUGGCAAACUUCUCACCAUGUGAAGUCUCUCACACCAAACCAAGUCAUGAAUAUAAUAAAUGAGAAUUAUGCCACAUUGGACUUGGCACCUAUGGAUAAAUUAGAAUCGUUCUCUAUCUAUAAUGAAGUACCGGCAGAAAUGGGAUUCUUUAGACAAGUUUUGAGAACAGUCGUGAAUGAUUACAGCAAAACUAUUGUUCCGCGCUUGCAAUAA